AUGUUAGACGGUGGCCAGUUUGUGGAGGCCCUGGGCCGUCUCGGUUAUCCUGAUGCGUCGUCACUGAAGGCCUCCGAGUUUGACUGGCUGUUUGACUGCACUCCGGAGAACCUUCACUUUUUGCGUUUUGUCUGUCGGACACUCAAUCGGAGCAAUGUCUUGACUGUGGAGGAGGCACGUGCUUUUCGGGAGCUACGCAAGUCCGGCAAACCAAUCCUGGAUGAAGCAGCCUUGGGCGAGGUGCUUAAAACCAUUGGACCUUCAGAUGGGAGCAGCGCAAACAUCUUGGGGCCCGCCUCCUCUUCUUCUACAUCUUCCAUGUUUGCAGCAGGGGAGGAUGUGAGCAUAGAGGAUUUGGAGGCAGAGCUUCAGGCACUACGUAAAGAGAAAGAGCUGAAGCAGCGACGGUAUAACAGGUUGCAGGUUGUGGCCACCUCCCGUGCAGAUGUUGACUUGCGACUCGCUGCGGAGCUGGAGAGCUCUGCAUGCAAACUACAGGAGUCCAAUGCUUCAAUUGGAGCUGAGAAUGCUGACACCAACAAUCUUUUGCAAAACCUAACAGAUGAAGUGAGCAAGCUUGCUUCCUAUCUGCCCACUCAACCAGGAGCUAAUAAAAAAGAAAAAGGAGAAAACGUGGUCCUGUCAAACCCUUCUGUCCACAAAAAGCCCUCAGUCCUCCUCUCUCAGCUACCCUUGGACCCCUACCUUCAUCAAGAGGAGCUCAACACAAAAACACUUGCUGCCUUCACUCAGAAACAAUUCUUUCAGGGCAUCUCUGACAUUGUGGAAACUUCAUGUUCCGAACGCUUCCAAGUCCUGGACCUCAGUUCUUGUGAAGUCGAAGAGGAAGAUGAAAAUAAACGAGAGGGGCAAGAGAGGGAGAAGCGGAUUGUGGAUUGCAAAAGGACAGAGAUGGCAAGACUCCAGUGGGCUCAUAUUGUGGCCCAGCAUCAGCUGAUGCAGUCCACAGCAGAGGAAAAGAGUGUCAAAGCUGGACUGGACUGGCUCUCUGAGAAGUCCUCUCAUACUAAGAGCAUUUCCACGUCCUCCUCUCUUCAUGUGCGCGAGGCUGUUUCCAGGAAGGAGUUGGAAGCAGUGGAGACUGAGCUGGACACUCUGCUCCAUGGACCGGUACCAGCUACCCUUAGAGAGUCAGCCAGGCUACUUAAUGUGCCAGUGGUGAGGGGGGACCUGGCUCUGCAGCUGGCCAGGCAGGACUACUACACAACUAGACAGAAUCAGGUACGUGAUUACCUACUUCGCCAGAAGGCAUCGUUUGACCUGCUCCGCUUGGCCCAGGAGAUUGAGUUAAGGAAGUGGAAGACGUGUGUGAAGCAGCUCGGAGAAUUAAACAGCAGACUGGUAAAGGAAGGCGAAGGAACUUCACUCAGGAUUGAGGCCCUGGCACAUCCUGACUUGGCAAUCAACUCAAGGCCCAACCCUAUCAUCAGCUGCAAGGAUGCAGCCUUCAGCAGACUGCUCCAGAUCCUCGACCAUGAUUCAGACCAAGGUAGAUCGGAGCCUUUUCGCACAUAUGAAGCGUUGGACCAAGCUGCUUGUGACCUUGCAAGCAACCUCCAGGUGACCCGGGAUGCGCUGGCUGGGGCCGGCCGCGAACAGCUCUACACAACAGCUCGUCUUCAUGGCGACUGCGAGGCGCUCCACAGGGCCAUGUACACAGAGUUUCAGCAGCUGGUCUUAGGUCCACAGGUAUGUCCAACUGCCAUCACUGACCAGGAGCUGCUCUGCCCCAAUGCACAGGAGCUGACGGCAAAGCUUAUGGAAGCAGAGUCUAAGCUGCAGAGUUUGCAGCAUGUACUGCAUGAAAUCAUGGGGGACGUUAAAACCAAGCGCGCUCAGCUGGAACGCAGCGCCCCCCUCAGACGGGAGAGGGAAUUGUACAUCUAUUUCCACUUGGAUGCACGACUGCUGCAGAAAGUAGUUGAAGACCUGGAGAGGAAAAUGGCCACAAAGGGAGGGCAGCAGUAGUCGGAGCUGUCAGAAUGAAGGAGGAGUGCUCAUAGCCAGCCCAACUGCAACCUUCAGUUUCUGUGUUAAGGGAGUCGUACCGUGUUAUUAAAGCUUGAAGAGAUGCCAGGCUGAUAAUAAAUUCACUCUGCACCUGGCAUGGCUUAAUUAGUAAACCUUUUCUGCUGACACCACAAAAUAUGAACCUGAACCUUUUACUUGAAGUUGGAGAGGAAGAGUCUUAAUUCACUCAACAUGGGGACAACACUCAUUCUGGGAAAAAAUGCUUGGUUGCAUAAGAGUGCUGCUGAUUAUAUAAUAAUUGGGAUUUAUUAGUGUGUUGAUUUCAAACAUUUUGUUCUAAUAUGAAACUAACUGUAAUUUAAUGUCUUGUUCCGUCUUGUGAUAUCAAAUUUAUUGUUUCCGUUUUCACUGAGCUCAUCUAAUAAAUAAAGCACACAUGU